GCCUGCCCGGUAACCUCGCUCGGAUUAGACGGUCCGGUCCGGGGACUCUCAGUGGGCUGGCCGGGGACAAAAAUCCGGGAUAUGAGAUGUGAGGGCGCUGACUGUUGGGUUGGUGCGGGGAGACCUGGAUAUAUCGACUGGGGUGGCAGGCUACAACACACCGGGAGCUAGUAGGCACCGGGAUAUACUGCACCUCUACACCACACACUGAUAAAUUCUGUAGUUUUACUUCAAUGAAUCAUAUUUAUUCUCUGAAAAGUUACAUUUAAAACAUUUAUUGUUAUGUGAAAAGCAAUUUACAGUGAAAAUGGAAUGUGUUUUGGUUUAAAUAUGUGAAUAAAUUGUAAAUAAUGGAUUCCCGAGAAAAGAGUCAGAGAAUUGUCAGAUGAUAUCCUGUGAUAUUGAGUAUCCCGAGUGUUUAUAAUUUAACCGUGAGUUACGGGUCCAAACACACGAUAUUUAUCGGAGACAGGGUUGUUAAUAAACAUAGGAUUGGAUUCAGGGUUAGUCAAUAAACAUGGUACCGAAGACAGGGUUAGUUGAUAAACAUGAGAUUGGAGACAGAUAUCAGAAUGGGAAAGAAAAGGAAGGUGGAUACAGGGAAAGGAUCCUCUGUAGUGAAAAGGAAAAGAAUUGUUGAUUUAAAUAAUUCAGAUGUUGGGUUGAAGCUUGAGAGUUCAACUGAAUAUGAUGACGAUGACCCUGUCCUACUCGUCCUACCAACCAAGGACGAACUCCAGGUCCUCCUGGACCGAAUAGAACACCAACUGCCCAGGGACGAUCAUGUCAAGUAUGAUUCAAGGGCUCGUAAGUUGGAUUGGGAACAGAUAAAGUUUAAGAAUCAUACUGCAGAGGAUUGUAAACGCUAUUGGGAGCAUAUUCAGGCCCGAAUCCGACGGUUCCGGAUCUUGUCGGAAAUGAUUCCGGAUGCGCGGCAAUGGCUCUCUCAACCUUGGACUAAUUUUUACAAAUCAAAGGAUCAUAACAGACAUCCUGAAAUAAAUGGUUAUUAA